AUGUCGGAGACCCGGAGUUCAAUCACCUUCCCAGCAUUCCUAUUAACAGCAAAGAUGUCUCCACUGAUGGAAAAAAUUAAUGAUCAGAAGGACUUCAAGAAGCUCCUGAGAACCAGGAAUAACGUCCUGGUGCUAUAUUCCAAAUCUGCGGCUGCUGCUGAAAGUUCUCUCAGGUUAUUGUCUGACGUAGCCCAAGCGGUGAAAGGCCGAGGUACGAUAUCAUGGAUAGAUUGCAGUGAUUCAGAGAGUCGAAAACUAUGCAAGAAGAUGAAAGUUGACCCUAGUCUGAAGGAGAAAGGUGUGGAAUUACUGCAUUACAAGGAUGGAACAUUUCACACUGAAUAUAACAGAGCACUCACGCUGAAGUCAAUGGUGGCCUUUCUAAAGGAUCCAGAAGGCGUGCCAUUGUGGGAAGAGGAUCCUGAAGCCAAAGACGUCGUCCAUGUGGACAGUGAGAAGGAACUUAAAAGGCUUCUGAAGAAAGAAGAUAGGCCCUUGCUGCUGAUGUUCUAUGCCCCUUGGUGUGGAGUUUGCAAAAGAAUGAUGCCAUCUUUCCAGGAGGCAGCCACAGAACUGAAGGGCAAGUAUGUCCUUGCAGGGAUGAAUGUCUACUCAUCUGAAUUUGAAAGAGUAAAGGAAGAAUACGGCGUUCGGGGAUACCCAACCAUCUGCUACUUUGAAAAAGGAAAAUUAUUCUUCAACUUUGAGAAUUAUAGCGCUACAGCAAAGGACAUAGCUGAAUGGCUGAAAAAUCCUCAGCCACCUAAGCCACAGACACCAGAAGCACCGUGGCCAGAAGAGGAUAAUGCCGUUUAUCACCUAACAGAUGAUGACUUCGACAAGUUUAUGAAGGAGCAUCCUUCUGUAUUAGUGAUGUUCUACGCACCAUGGUGUGGGCACUGUAAGAAGAUGAAGCCAGAAUAUGAGAAGGCGGCGGAGAUGCUCCAUGCCGACAGCAACAGAGCAGGCGUCCUGGCAGCAGUAGAUGCCACUGUCAACAAAGCUGUCGCAGAAAGAUUUCGCAUAUCAGGAUUUCCAACUCUCAAGUACUUCCAGGAUGGCGAGGAGAAAUAUACUCUUCCGCACCUUCAGACAAAGAGUAAAAUUAUAGAAUGGCUCUUAAACCCGCAGGCUCCGCCUCCACCAGAACCAACUUGGGAAGAAAAGCGAACGAGUGUUAUCCACCUUGCUGGUGAAGACUUCAGGGAAUUUCUGAAGAAGAAGAGACAUGCCUUUGUCAUGUUCUAUGCCCCAUGGUGCCCACACUGUAAAAACUCCAUUCCACAUUUCACCACUGCUGCAGAACACUUUAAAGAAGAUCGAAAGAUUGCCUAUGCUGCAGUGGAUUGUGCCAAAGAACAGAAUCAUGACCUGUGUAAGCAGGAAGGUGUGGAUGGUUACCCAACCUUUAACUACUACAACUAUGGGAGAUUUAUAGAAAAAUAUAAUGGAGACAGAGCGGAAUCCGGAUUUUCCAAUUUCAUGCGAACGCUCAGAGAAAGAGACCAUGAAAGGACAGGCAAGAGGAAAGAUGAGCUGUAAUUCCUGCCUCAAAAGAUAAUUUCCCACUGCACUGUGAAUGGUCUCAGGGCCACUGGUACAAUGCCUGAGAUUUCACAUCUUUUAAAAACAAGACUUUUUUGUAUACAGCCAUUGCCAUUUUCUACGACUUUGGAAUAAAGUGAAAUCAUUUGAUUUUUAAAAGGAAAAUAAAUGACAUCAUUGCCGCCAUAUCCUGUCAUGGGAAACAAAACAAAACAAAAAAAGAGCAUUUCCUCUCCAUUUUAUGCACCUGUGCCCGUUGAUUCUCCUAUGCAAUCUUUUUGGUAAUCUGUAGGUUUGAUAGUGAUUUCUGUUGACAAGGUAAUUUCUGCAUUAUGAACUUUUGAAGAGUAUUAUCUGUGAAAAUGGUUUUGGAGAGGAAAAAAGGUAGGGGCCUUUCAUAGUAAAAUGCAAAAGGACACCAUCCACCAGGGGCAAGUUCUACUUAAAUUAAUGUACCAUUGUGAAAGAGCGUCAUGGCCCCCGUGGACUCUACCCAGAUGUGCCCGUGAGGUGUACUUUUGAUCGGUGUAGUCCACACGCAUAGGCAGGUGACAGUCAGCACAUGGCCCUCCCUCCCUUAGCUUGACUCUGUGUGACUGAGAGACAUCUGCAGAGAUAGAGAAGCAAGGGCAGUCUGUCACACGGGUGCAGUAGGAAUUUGCCCCCCCCCAAAAAAACCCCACAGCAUGUGUUCUCAGUAGUACCUGUCAAGAUCACACUGGGAACAUGAAUAAUUGCAAACAAUGCUCCCUCUAAGCUGUGGAGUCUUGUGAGAAAAAAUUCUCCUUUGUG